UUUAUUUUGUCACAAGCUCACUUCCCUAGCACACUCCGAAGUCACCCUACAACAACACAUACACUCACACAAUAAUGGAAAAAGGGCAAAGAAAAACAACACCACUACUACUAUGCUCUCACAUUGUGGUUCUCCAUUUGCUCUCCCUAGUGGCCGAGACUAGUGCCAAGGUUUCCGCGGUGAUCGUCUUCGGUGACUCCUCCGUCGACGCCGGCAACAACAACUUCAUCCCCACCAUUGCACGGAGCAAUUUCCAGCCAUAUGGGCGUGACUUUGAAGGUGGAAAAGCCACUGGGAGGUUCUGCAAUGGGAGAAUACCUACGGAUUUUAUAUCAGAGUCUUUUGGGCUGAAACCUUAUGUGCCAGCAUACUUGGAUCCUAAGUAUAAUAUUUCAGAUUUUGCAAGUGGGGUCACUUUUGCUUCUGCAGCAACUGGUUAUGAUAAUGCAACUUCAGAUGUGCUGUCUGUGAUACCACUAUGGAAGCAAUUAGAGUACUACAAGGGAUACCAAAAGAAUUUAAGUGCAUAUCUUGGUGAAAGCAAGGCAAAGGAUACCAUAGCUGAAGCAUUACACCUUAUGAGUCUUGGAACAAAUGACUUCCUUGAGAACUACUACACCAUGCCUGGUAGAGCAUCUCAAUUCACACCCCAACAGUACCAAAAUUUUCUUGCUGCCAUAGCUGAGAACUUCAUAAGGAGCCUCUAUGGUCUUGGUGCUAGGAAGGUUUCCCUAGGAGGGUUACCUCCCAUGGGAUGUUUGCCUCUAGAAAGGACCACAAGUAUUGCUGGUGGGAAUGAUUGUGUUGCAAGAUACAAUAACAUAGCAUUGGAGUUCAAUAAUAGGCUCAAGAAUUUGACCAUUAAGCUCAACCAAGAGCUCCCUGGACUCAAAUUGGUGUUUUCUAAUCCAUAUUACAUUAUGUUGAGUAUCAUAAAAAGACCUCAACUUUAUGGGUUUGAAUCGACCUCAGUGGCGUGUUGUGCUACUGGAAUGUUUGAGAUGGGUUAUGCAUGCAGCAGGGGCCAAAUGUUCAGUUGCACAGAUGCUUCCAAAUACGUGUUUUGGGACUCUUUCCAUCCAACUGAGAUGACAAAUAGUAUCGUUGCAAAGUACGUGGUGCUGCGUGUUUUAUAUCAAUUCUUACAAUAAAUAAAUUAAUAACUACAAGUGAAAUUUUAUUUAUGUACUAGUAUCUCUUCAUGUUUGCACAUUCAUUAUAAAGUGCCAUUUGGGCUUUCUAUGAAUGACUGCAUGUCGAUGUGUACAUAUAUAAAAAUGUCAAUACAGCACAUCCACCAUAUGAUAUGAUGUGCUGAUAAUUAGAAAUAAGUCGUUUUGUUUUGAACAAUAUAUAUAGUAUUUAUACUUUUCAGGCACUUUACUAGAUCCAGUGUCCUCCAUGUAUGUUUUCCUAUAUAUAUAUAUAUAUAUAUAUAUAUAUAUAUAUAUAUAUAUAUAUAUAUAUGUCCUAUUAUGAUGGGUCUAUAGUUUGUAGCCUAUAGUUGUAAUAUCUAUCCAUGGUUUGGAAAUGUCAGAUUCCGAGAGAGAUAAUUUCCUGUUUUUA